AGUGCGGCUGUGACUGUGCUGCUGCACGGAGCUCUCAGUGCUUGCAGCUGACUCGUGCCUCUGGCAGACAUGAAUUGGCUCAGCCUCCUCAUCCUGCUGACCGUGGCUGGGCUGUCGCAUGGGACAUGGGACAACUGCGGAGGGGUAUGUGGGCUCCGACCCAUGGUGUAUGAGUAUGAGUACCUGGAUCAAGACAAUGGUACUACACGCGUCGUGGGUGGUGCAGAUGCCAAACCAGGGGCCUGGCCCUGGAUCGUCAGCCUUAAACAUCCUGCGAUACCAGGCACAAGACACCUGUGUGGAGGCUCUCUCAUCACUGCAGAGUGGGUUCUCACAGCAGCCCACUGCUUUGACCCCGUCAGGAAAAUUGGCGUGGUGUAUCUGGUGAUUGGCGCCACUCAGUUGACUAAGCCAGGACCUGGAGCACAACUGAGACGGAUUAAGAAGUUAAUACGUCAUGAAAACUAUAAUCCAAGUGACAAAAGUAAUGACAUUGCCUUGCUGAAACUGAACAAGCCUGUUGACUGCAACCCCUACGUCCAGGUGGCCUGUGUGGCUGACCCCGCCCUAAGCCUGUCAGAGCUGCAAAACUGCUGGGUGGCCGGCUGGGGUGCCACUGCUGCAAGAGCUCAAAACUCAAGUGAUGUCCUGCAAGAGGCCAAGGUCCAGCUCAUCGAUCUCCAGCUCUGCAACAGCACUGGCUGGUAUGCAGGGAAAGUCCACACCCACAAUGUGUGUGCUGGAUACCCACAGGGCCGCAUCGACACCUGCCAGGGUGACAGCGGUGGUCCUCUCAUGUGCCAGGAAAAAGACAGUGACUUCUUCUGGAUUGUUGGAGUGACCAGCUGGGGAAGAGGCUGUGCCAGAGCAAAGCGGCCUGGAAUCUACACCUCAACUCAGUACUUCUAUGACUGGAUUCUGGCCCAUAUGAACGCAGAGAACGUUUAAUGAGCUUUUUGAGCACAAGGAUGCUCAAAAAGGAGGCUUUUUGGGCAGCCUCCAUGGCGUGCUGCAGUGCACAGCAAGUGUUUUCUGCAGGGGCAAUGCCUGCUGAUUCAAAGGCAGCAGGGGUCAAAACACUGCUCUGUCUUGACCACACUCAUCUCCUCUAGUGGUUGAAGUAAAGUUGCCAAUCAUCACAGGGAACC